GUUCAUGAUCGGAUAGGUAGAGCUCCAUAUCACGUGCAUGUAUCAGUGCCGAUGACGUUCGUGUCGCAAUCCAUGACCCCACUAACAUUUCCCCCACCACCUUCUAUCCACGAGAUCAGGUACCCGCUGCAAGCUAUCUAGAUUCUACCAUUCCGAACAGACGCCAAGUUUCACGUCUCCCCCUGCAUUCCUGCUGAUAUUUGGUCCUCUCUUAUGGCCAAUAUGACUUCCGCGCCUAUACUUGACAUCCCAUUCCGCCAGUCGAGUCCUCUCGAGCUUGCCAACGCCGUACAGCAAUACAUAUCUACCAAAUAUGACCAACACCCGGACAUGUUCUCGGCGGACCUCGCGGCGAUCGACCAACUACGUGCCGACGCGAUCAAUGUCCAAGAACCCCACCAGAGCGGUAUCCGGAAGCUCGCCGAGUACGCAGCACAGCUCCAGUGGAUCGGCGGAAAGUUCCCAAUAGACAUCGGCGCCGAUUUCACCUGGUAUCCGGCCCUGGGCUACAACACCAGCAAACCCGUGACACAGAACAACCUACAAUUCGAACGCGCAAACACCCUGUACAAUCUUGCUUCUCUAUACUCGCAGCUGGCAACUACCUCGCGCCGCGGCGCAUCCGCUGCUGGCGUGAAAACGGCGUGUAACUACUACUGCGCUGCCGCCGGAGUCCUGAAAUACCUGCGCGAAUCCGUCAUACCCGAGCUCCGCAGCACACCGCCCGAGGACAUGGACGCGAUGACGCUAGCAUGUCUGGAACAGCUGAUGCUGGCGCAAGCGCAGGAGUGCUUCUGGCUCAAGGCGGUGCAGGAUAAAAAUAAGGAUUCAGUGGUUGCUCGGCUUGCAGCCAGUGUGUCGGACUACUUUGAUGCUGCGGCCGAGUUUGGGACGAAGUCGUCGAGUGUCCGCUCAGAGUGGAUUCAUCAUAUGAACGCCAAACAUUACCAUUUUGCGGCGGCGGCUCAGUACAGACAGGCUUGCGAUUGCUUGGAGAGGUCGAAGUACGGCGAGGAGGUGGCGAGGCUGAAGGACUCCCUGGAUUGCACCAAUGAAGCACUCGCACAGGGACGGUAUCUGAACAAGCAGGUCUUGGGAGAUCUGAUGGAAUUGAAGGAGAAAGUUACGAGUGUGCUGAAGGGCGCGGAGAAAGACAAUGACAUGAUUUAUCUAUGUCUGGUGCCACCGGCAGCAUCACUUCCGAGAAUAUCUAGAGCUUCGAUGGUGUCUUCGAAGAUACCUAAGGAGGUUUCGGAAGGCACCAGUAUGCUCUCGGAUACAGGUCCUUAUGGAGCACCACUGUUUGCGAAGCUCGUACCAUUUGCCGUGCAUGUUGCCGCCAAUAUAUACGCUGAAAGGCGAGACCGGCUGGUCAACAACACCAUAAUCGACGAGCUGGAGUCUCUCACAGCGAAGCUCCACGACGUAUUACAAUCCCUAAACCUUCCUGGGUCCCUACAGGCACUGGAGAAGCCGCUUGGUCUUCCUCCCGGGAUCGUAGCACACGCGGAGGAGGUCCGGCAGCAAGGCGGUGUCGAAAAGCUGCUCGCCUCAAUCCGCGACAUCGACAAGCUCCGCAGCAACAACAUAGGCAUGCACCAAGAAGCCAGCGAUCUUCUCCAAACCGAAGCAUCCGAAGACGAAAAGCUGCGUGCGAAGCACGGUACAGAUCGCUGGAACCGGCAGCCGUCCAAGGUCGCGGCGGCAAAGUUGGCGCAGCAAGUUCAGGAAUACAAGGGCUACCUCGAAAGCGCUGGAGACUCGGAUAGACUGGUGCGCGGAAGACUCGUCGAGUUUGAGUCAGUCAUGAGAUUGCUUGGGGGCGAAAUCCAUGACCUAGAGGAGUAUGUGCCUAACUCCUCGCGAGCCACGUUAACGCCGAGGGUCGAUCGUGAGGUUGGGAAGCUGCGACAGUGCAUGAACGAGGUAUCGAGGCUCGAGUCUCGCCGUCGGAGAAAGGUGGAGGCCCUGCGGCAGAAGGCUAAGGCAGAUGAUAUCACCACUGCCAUCCUCGCUGAAACAGGCCGUCUGGAACGAGAAAACCCACUGCGAAAGGUCGAAGCAGCCGAUUUCGAGCCGCUGUUCAACAGCCGUCUCGAAACACGCUACAACACUGACAAACAGCUCCUCGCGCAGGAGUCCUCGGAGCAAGAAGAGCUAAUCCAGCGACUCCGCGAAGCAAACUCGUCGUUCCUAGCAUGCAGACGGAUGGACUCCUCACUAGCGGAGCGCGAGACGGCGAUCCAGACGCUCGAGAACGGCCACUUCAAGUACAAAGAGCUGAUGGGCAACCUCGACGGCGGGCGCAAAUUCUACAACGACCUUGCAAAGCACCUCGGCCGGCUACGGGACGAGUGCAAACAUUUUGUCUACCAGCGACGCGUCGAGGCGGGCCAGCUCGAGGUUGGGAUCACCACCUCGUUGCACAAUAUGCGUAUCUCAACUCCGCUCGGCAACCCUCCACCCCAGCAGCUACCCCCGCAACUACUUCACCACCAGCAGCAGCAGCAGCAACAGACCCCGCAGACCCCGAUGCCGCAGCAGCAGCCGAGGCCAGCCCGGAGCGUACCAGCAACUCCUCUGCAGCCCGUCGUGCCGACGCCGGGAUUGUGGAAAGGUGACUCCAGCACUCCACUACGGUUCGGUGGGCCGCCGCCCGCUCGAUAAGACAUCGGCCUUGUUUGUUUGUUUGUUUGUUUGUUUAAUCAUCGUUAUCGGGGAACACGAGUGAUGGUUUGUGAUAUCACAUCGUAGAUGGAUGGAUGAUGCGGAGGAAGAAUCCGAGAAGCAGAAGGAUGUCAAAAAAAAUGCAACCCAAAUUCCCAUAAUCUAUGCAUACUUCUUCUCUAGAGUAGGUAGAUAGACUGUUGCUGAAGAAAGAAGAGGAGAGAAGAGAAUUAAGUUUCCCUUUCCUUUCUACAUAGGUGUUCUAUAUUCAAACCGUUUUGUUUUUACAUAUCAUACGCGCAAGACACGAUUGCAUGAU